AUGCAGCAGGACUACGCGAAGACGGCAUGCAGCAGCGGGCGGGCACUGUGUGCGCUGAUCAACGACAUUCUCGACCUCUCCAAGAUUGAGGCCGAGAAGCUCCGCCUCGAGCGCAUCCCCCUCAACCUGCGCGCCGAGCUCGACGACGUGCUCGCGCUCUUCGUGGAGAGCGCCCAGGAGAAGCGAUCCGUUGAGCUCGCCGCGUUCGUGGCGGACGAUGUGCCGGAAACACUCCUUGGGGAUCCGCUUCGAGUGAAGCAGAUUCUCAUCAACCUCGUCCGCAACGCCCUCAAGUUCACCACCAAGGGCCAUGUCUUCAUCGCCGUGCGCCUCGCAACCCCCACCGCCACCACUAACAACAACGAUGAUGGCGGUGCUCCCCUGUCACUGCUCUCAGCUGCCUCCUCCAAGUCCCCCUUGUCUUGCUUCACCAGGGCAAACAGCCAUAGGGAGGGGAAGAAGAUUACAGCUGAGGGGGAUGGAGCCACUGAUGCUGUAGAUGGGAGGAGAGGUGCUGUUGGGGUGGAUGGGAUGAGAGAUACUGCUGGUGGCGACGAUGGCACUCGUGACGACAAUGACUCCAGUGGUGAUGGGAGCACUGGUGGCAGUAGCAGGCCUGUUGAGCGUGCUUCCACUGACACUGGGUGUGUGACGCUGAGUGGCCGGCCGGCCAUGAAGACAUGGUGCUCGUGGGAGGGCAUGCGGGAGCACAUGGACCUUGGUGCCGUCGGCAUGGGCAUGGGCAUGGGCAUGGGCAUGGGCAAGGGCAUGGGCAAGGGCAUGGCGAAUGAUGCCUGCCGUGGACGCCACAGCCCUUGCAUCCUGCCCCCUGACCAGCCCGUGCGCCUGAUGGUGGCUGUGGAAGACACAGGUACCGGCAUCCCGCGCCACGCUCGGAGGCACAUCUUCCGGCCGUACACACAGGCAGAGCGCAGCACGGCACGGCUGCAUGGAGGCACGGGCAUCGGCCUCUCCAUCUGCAAGCGCCUGGUGUCGAUGAUGGGAGGAUCCAUCUCGUUUGUCUCAAAGCCAGGCGUCGGCACCACCUUCCUCUUCGAUAUCCUCCUCCACACACUCCCUCUCCCUCACCCUCCUGCCUCGCCUCCUCAUCCUUCCCAACCCCACACUCCUCCCCAAACCAACACUUCUCCUCAUGCCCCUGCCGUUCCUCCCUCUCUCUCCCUCCUUCACUCCCUGCUUACUGCAUCUCCAACCUCUUCGCCACCGCCCGCCAAUCCCUCUGCCACACACACUCCCACUCCCUCUGCCCGUGCAUGCAUCCCCUCUCCUCUUCCUCGAAGCUCCUGCCACGUGGCCCCCCAAGACACAGGCAACCAGCAGCAACAGCAGGGGGCAGCAUGUGGGUUAGAGGGUGUGUGUGUGGGGAGUGGUGGGAGGGUGGUGGGUGCACUAGAGGGCGUUCUUGUGGUGAGUGUGGACGACCGGCCGGUGCGGCAUGCCGUCACUCUCUCUCUGCUGCGCCGCCUUGGCAUCUGCACCCUCCCCUGCCCCUCCUUCCACCUCCUCCCCCGCCUCCUCGCCCAACACCGCUCCUUGCACCAUGGGUCAUCAAGUCAUCCCACGCACCAUGCGGAGCAAGAGCAGGAGGAUGGGAAGGAGGAGGAGCAGGAGGAUGGGAAGGAGGAGGAUCGGGAGGAGGGGAAGGAGGAGGAGCGGGAGGAGGGGAAGGAGGAGGAGCGGGAGGAGGGGAAGGAGCAGGAGGAGGAGCAGGAACAGGAGGAGGGGAAGGAGCAGGAGGAGGAGCAGGAACAGGAGGAGGGGAAGGAGCAGGAGGAGGAGCAGGAACAGGAGGAGGGGAAGGAGCAGGAGGAGGAGCAGGAACAGGAGGAGGGGAAGGAGGAGGAGGAGCAGGAACAGGAGGAGGGGAAGGAGCAGGAGGAGGAGCAGGAACAGGAGGAGGGGAAGGAGCAGGAGGAGGAGCAGGAACAGGAGGAGGGGAAGGAGCAGGAGCAUCACAAGGCUGCACGAACCUCUCAGCCCGCGCCUGCUGCUUCAUCUCUCUCGCACCUCCUUCCCCUGCAGCACUCUCCUCGUCGCUCAACCACCCAGCCCCCUCGUGCUCCACACACUGACUCCCUCACAGCGCAAUCAGCACCCAAGGCACAACCCAACAUCCACUCAUGUCCUCCUCCUGAGCCUCCCCUCGAGCUUCCUCCCGAGCCUCCCCUCGAGCCUCCUCCCGAGCCUCCCCUUGAGCCUCCUCCCGAGACUCCUCUUGAGCUGUCACUCGAGCCGCUGAAUCAUCCUCUGGAGCCGUUUGGCUCGCCGGCAGUUCUUUUCUCCUGCCCUCCUCUUUCCAUCAGUGUCUUCCCUUCGAGCAAGAAUGACAUGGGUGGAAGGGCGGAGAAGCAAGAGGAAGAGGGAGUGGAGAAAAGGAGAGGGGAGGAGGAACGAGAAGAGGAGGAGGAAGGAGAAAGAGAGGAGGGACUGGCGGGAUUGCAGCAGCGGGUGCACUACAGGAGCUUGAGCAAAGCAGAGAGGCGGGGAUGGGUGGGGGCGGUGGUGGUUGAGGGGGAGAUGAUGCAGCGGCUGGGCGUCACAGCAGAUCAAAUCCAUUCGCUCUUGAUGGGCCAGGAGGGACUAGGGAUGGCAGGGUCUGGCGAGCAGUUGAGCGAGCGAGGGCAUUUGAGUGCAGAGAACGUGGGUAAGAGUGAGCAAACGAGCAAGGGAGGACACAUGAGUGGGAGCAGGGAUGAAGGGGCGGAGGAGAUGACAAGAGAGGGAUUGAGCGGGUGUGCAGUGGAGGAGAAGGCACAAGGCAGCGACCCUAAACCCUGGCCCGUUCCCUUCCUUGUGCUCCUGCACGGCUCUCUCCCCCUCUCACAAAGCUCUCUUGCCGGAGGCCUUCCCACGGCCGACAGCUUCAGCCCUUACGAGAGGGAUGCUUAUAAAGGGGACAAGGGCUGCGGAGGCAGCAACAGCAGGAGCAGGUCGCCUGCGCCCUCCCUCUCGCCCUCCCCGUCCAUCCCCUCACUUUUGUCACUUGGCUUUGACGCUGUCGUGAGGAAGCCUCUUCAUAGACCGGCAGUGCUGGCGGCGCUUCUGCCGCUGUUCCCUGUGGGCCCGGAGCAAGGUGAGUGCAGGCACGGAGAUGGAGGAGGAGACAGAGGAGGAAAGGACGAAGGACCGGGAGCACAGGGAGGGUUGAGGGGGCGAGACGAGGGUCAUGCUGUGGAAACGAGUGUGUUAGUGAGAUUCGGCCAAGAUCCUUCCCACCACCACCACCAGCUGCACCACCAGCAGCAACAGCAGCAACAGGUCUCAAAGAAUACCCCACUCGUAUGCCACCGUCCUGACAGUAUAGACUGGAGUGACAGUAUCAAUCGACAGGGGCAGAGGCAGAGGCAGGGGCAGUGGGGUGGUGAGGCAUUGGAGGCAUUGGAGCUAGUGAGUCCUCAGGAGGUGAAGGGGCAGUGGGGGGGUGGUGGUGUGGUGCUGAGCCCGUCUGCCCUCCACAAGGCUGGCAGCAGCGCUGCAGCGGCCCUCUGGCGAGCUGUGACGUCCCCCCGGGCACUCAUGUCCCCUCAGUCCUUCACGUCCCCUCAGUCGCUCAGCUCCCCUCACUUGUUUAAGUUGCGCCCCUCUCAGUCUCCCAACACUCCUGCCAGUCCCACCACUCCCACCUCUCCCACCACUCCCACCACUCCCAACACUAUCACCACCCCCGCUUCUGACGCGGCCAAAUCCAAGGCUGCUAGCCCCGUGGCGGCGCAAAACACGUCACCCUAUGCCAACAGUGGCCAUGCUGCCUCUCUACCGGGAAAAGGGCUGAUGGUGUGUGAGGAGGAUGCAUCACUUGGGCGGCAGCAGCAGCAGCAGCAGCAGCAGGGCGUGGAUGGCAGCAGUGUCUCGUUGGCCAGCCGAUCUGCUUCCCUCGAACACCUGAUCGAACCGUUUGCACCUCCUGCUGCUGCUGCUGCUGCUGUGUCGGAGGGCUUGCCAUCGGUUGCUGCUACUUUUACAGGCUUGACAUCAGGUGGCGAUGGCGGAUCAGCAGGUGGAGGUGGUAAUUUGACAGGAGAUAGGGGUCUUGGGAAAGGCACCAGUGCUGGGGAAGCAGCAGAUUCGGGUGGAAUGAGGGCACGGGUGCACGGCUCAGCAGGUGAAAGGAGAGCAGCUGGGCGGUCCCAUGCAAGACAGAGAGAUAAGAGGCAUAGCACGGGCGCCAGUGGUGCUGGUGGUGAGGAUGGUGCAGCUGCUGCUGCUGCUGCUGCUGCUGCUGCUGCUGCUGCUGCUGCUGCUGCUGCUGCUGGUGCUGGUGCUGGUGGCAGAGUGAGUGGUUUUGAGAGUGUGCUGGACUUUGCAGGCAAGCUGCUGGAGAGGCACGGCGCGCGAGUCACCGCCGUGGAUGGCGGCGCCAAGGCCCUUCAAGCCCUCGCCCCGCCCCACCCCUACGACCUGGUUUUCAUGGACCUCCAGGUGGGAAGAUGUGCGGGAGGUGGGGAGAUGGGCUUUAAGAUGCCGGGCAUGGAUGGGCUGGAGGCGACUCGCAGGAUCCGAGCGCGGGAGAGGGCUCAGGGCGGGGGGCAUGUGGCCAUCAUUGCGCUCACAGCGGAUGUGAUUGCCGGCACGCGCCACCACUGCUUUGCCGUCGGCAUGGAUGACUACCUCUCCAAACCCCUCGAGGAGGCGCAACUCUCCCGCGCCGUCUGUCGCCGCCUCGCCAAUUUAUAA